GGGCCGGGCAGUGCCCGCGGAGCUCAGCGAGGCUCCCGCCGGGACCUGCGGUGCCCGGGACGCUGCUCCGCCCCGGGCGGGCGGCUGGGGCGGCACCAUGAAGAGGAGAGCAGGGGAGCGGGAGAAAGAGCUGAAGAAAAAAAGGCUUCUUGAAGAACUUGGAGAGAACAGACUUCCCUAUAUGACUCCAGCCGAUGAUGAUUUCCAUCAGUUGUGGAAGACCAAAUAUUCCAAGCUGAUUUUCAGAAAAUCUGAGACAGUACCUGAAGAGCUCCAUCAAAUGGUACAAAAAGGCUUUCUGACCUUGCGAGAACACGAUUGUUUCUUUCAAGAUCUUGUAAGGAUCAAAGGAAAAGAUUUCCUUACUCCAGUGUCUCGUAUAUUAAUUGGAAACCCAGGAUGCACUUACAAGUACUUGAACACAAGAUUGUUUACAGUUCCUUGGCCUACUGAAGGUUAUGAUAUAAAAUAUUGCAGUCCUCAGAUACAUGAUGCUUGUAAGGCAUUAAUCAGACUUAAUGACUACUUGCAUAUUGAAGCAGUCAAGACAUUACAAGGACAAAAUUUAUGUGAGACCAAAGAAAUUAAAGAUACUACUGUAAUAGAUAGGGAGCAAAGUUUUGCUACUUCUCUUAUGGAGCGAGGGUCUGUUUCAAAAGAUCAAAGCGGUGUUUGUGUACCAGAGGAUGACUCCGUAAGUCUAGAGAACAGAACAUCUUAUAACCUGACUUUAUUAAAUUAUAUGGAUCCACUACAAAUGCUGUACUUGAAACAAGAACCUUAUUUUGGAAUGGGGAACAUGGCAGUGAGCUGGCACCAUGACGAGAAUCUGGUUGAAAGGUCGACGGUUGCUGUGUACAGUUACAGCUGUGAAGAUUCAGGUGUGGGAGAAAGCAAUGAACAAGAACUGAAGGGAAGAGACCCAGCUGUUUGGCACGUAGGCUUGAAGGUAGCGUGGGACAUCGAGACACCUGGAUUAGCAAUACCACUUCACCAAGGAGACUUCUACUUGAUGCUUGAUGAUCUCAAUAUGACACAUCAGCACUGUGUUCUGGCUGGUUUAUCACCUCGAUUCAGCUCAACUCAUCGAGUGGCAGAUUGUUCUAGAGGAACAUUGGAAUACAUAUUUGGACAAUGUGAACUGGCACUCCAGAAUUUACAGACUGAUUCUGAUUCAAUGGCUUUAUCUUUGAAAUCCCUGGAAGCUGCAGUUGUGAAGCAAGUAGAAGAAAUACAUAAUGAGGUUGAAUUUGAGUGGCUUAGGCAAUUUUGGUUCCAAGGCAAGAGGUAUUUGAAGUGCACUGACUGGUGGCUUAAGCCUAUGGCUAAAUUGGAAGAAUUUUGGAGAAAAAUGGAGAUUAUGACAAGUCUGGUCCUCUCCGAAGUUAGAAAAGAACAACAAAUUGAGGAACAAAGGAAUGAAACCAUCAGCUGCUUCCUGCUAGUCCUUAAGGAGCGACAAAGGCUGCGUAAAGAAUGGACAGUAAGAUGCCAGUCAGAUGCAGCAGAGAGCUUGCCAGAAGACCAGAAACCAGAAUGUCAUCCCUUCUGGACAGAUGAUGAUGAAUGUAAUAUGCCUCUGCCAUAUGAUCUUGAAGAAGUAAUUGCUUAUCUACAAAAUCUUACUCAAUGGAUAACAAGUGACCUUCCAGCCUAGAAUUAUUGAUGCUCAUCAUCUGGGGAGAAGCUUUGUAGUUUAACAUAAAUCCUUUUCAGCUUUAUGAUUCCUUCAUUAUGUGUUGUUUUAUAUGUCAAUGCAGAUUUUACCAGUCAUCACACAGUACCUUAGUUACUGUCUCAUAAUAAAAAGGACCAGCCCCCAAAUUUACAGAAGCAUGUGUUUUUUAAGACCUGAAGUCCAGAACGCCAGCCUUAGUUCUGUCCUCCUCUGCUCUAAUUCCCAUUGACCCUGCAGCCCAGGGAUAUCCAUGUUUCAUAGAAGCACAGAAUGGGUCAGGUUGGAAGGGACCACAGUGGGAUCGUCUGAUCCAACCUCCCCGCUCAAGCUGGAUUGUUCUAGAGCACCAGACACAGGAUUGCAUCCAGACAGUUCUUGAAUAUCUCCAGUGAGGGAGAUAUUACCCUCUCUGGGCAAUCUGUUCUUCCUCAUAUUGAGGUGGGACUUCCUGUGCAUCCGUUUCUGCCCAUUGUCUCUUGUCCUGUAUCUCGGCACCACCAAGCAGAGUCUGGUCCAUCCUCUGACACCCUUCUCCAGAUGCUGGUAGACAUUGAUAAUAUUCCUUCUCAGUCAUCUCUUCUUGAGGCUGAACACUCCCAACUCCCUCAGCCAGUGUGUUUUCACAGGUUCCCUUUGUAUCUAUGUUUCAGCUUCCGUGAGUGCCUACAACUGCCUCUGGUUUGACAGGCUUGAGCAACACAAGGUGUAUCUCACACCUGUGGCAAAGCAGACUUAAUGAUUUGGGCAUCCUAACGAGAGGCGAGGUUGGGGUGAGCCUGCUGGAGAUCUUCAAAACAGAGCUGUGAGUUCUUCAUCCACUAACACGGAGGGGCAGGAGUGUGGAGAUAAUCCUUUAUGCAGUGGCUCCUUGUUAGACCGUUUUUUCAGAUGAGGAGCUCUGGAGAAGCAUCCUAACAUAGAU